CCACAGAGUUUUAUCUUGGAAACCCUUACUUCCUGACAAAGUACUGUGAUCACACACACUUUUUAAGACUAGAUCGAUUUGUGUGUGUUAAGUUAUUUGAUCGCGUUCCUAUCAUCUUGGCGUCCAAAGCUUGCGGGAUCAAUUCAAAUCGAUUAAGGGUAUUUCUAAUCUUACUGGAUAAAGGAUUACACUGAAAGAAUUAGAGAAAUGAGUACGGCAGUAAGGCGCCAGUCAACAGACACUGGACGGGUCAAUCUUCGACGACAGUCCAUCGACGUCAACAGGGUCGCCAGCAACAUCAGCAAACCUUCAAUGGACGGGACAAGAGCUGCUAUGAUUUUGACGUCUGCUCAAAGUCGUCUGCCCGCAGGGCCCCGGAUGGAGAAUUCAUACAGACUGGAGCCAGAGAAAGCGUUUCCAACCUGUUCCGUGAAAAAGAUAAUUCAGAGUGUAUUUGAGGAGAUGAUAGGUGAUAAGGAAUAUGACCCUGCAGAGAGCACGCUUUUGGCGGCGAAGCUGGCUGACGUUAUCAAGCACCGUGUGAAGGAACUCGGACACACUAGAUACAAGAUUGUGGCAACUGUAGCAAUAGGUCCUGCUGCUAUGUCCUCUGUUGCCAUGGUGAGCAGAUGCGUUUGGAACCCAAACGUGGACACUUUCGCUGAGUAUGCUUAUCAAAACGGAAAGCUGUACGUUAUUGGGCUUGUGUACGGGUUGUACCUCGAAUGAUGACAAUUACCUUAGUGACAUAAGGACAUACUAAACCUAUGAAUGUGAACAGUGCCUCAAGGACUGAGAUGAACAUUUGGAAAGAAGAGCACAGAUCAUGGGCAAUGUCCUUUUCUUGAGAGUGAUGUGUGUAAUAAUAGGAACAUUUGUCUCAGAAGUCCAGAAUCUCAGUACCUCUGUGAUAACGGUCUCGUAACCAUUCUUUGGAUAGAGGAAGAUUUGUGAUGAGGAUGUUUCAGGAUCUUUUAACGAACUUUGAAGCAUGUGUGUGUGACUCUUUGUAUUUAGUCAAAAUGCAGCAACUUUCUAUGUUUGAAACUGGUCAAAGUACAAGUAAACUUGACGCGAGAGCACGUUUUUAAUACCUGUAAGGCAGGACUUCCUUACCCCUUUGGCGAACACCUGGUGUCAUCACAGAUUUAACAGUGAUCUGUUCAUAUGAUUUCAUCUUCUGUCAAGUGGGAUCUGUGUUCGUGGAUAAGUGAGCCUGUUCUCCACCGUUGACGUUUUGUUUUCAAAACUUUGUUUUUGUCAGACACCGCCUGUGAUCUAUUACAGGGAUACGGGAGAUGGGAGGAUUGAUUCAUGGUGAAAUAGACAAGUUGGCGGUUGGUUAGAAAAUAUUGACCUUGCUAUGGGAACAGUCGUCUAAUUGUGGAGUCAUGUCUUAAAUCUAUCAGUCCCUACCCUGUAAUGAAUUAUCUGUUCCUGUCCACCAACCGUGACCGUCACACCUCCACCUCAGUCCACACCCUCAGCACCAUGACUCCAACCCGAACGUGACCGUAACACCUCCACCUUGAACCCCACCCUCAGUACCGUGACCGUAACACCUCCACCUUGAACCCCACCCUCAGCACCGUGACCGUAACACCUCCACCUUGAACCCCCACCCUCAGCACCGUGACUCCAGCCCGAUCGUGACCGUAACACCUCCACCUUGAACCCCACCCUCAGCACCGUGACCGUAACACCUCCACCUUGAACCCCCACAGCACCGUGACUCCAGCCCGAUCGUGACCAUAAAAAACGUCCAAUUUGAACCCCCACCCUCAGCACCAUGACUCCAAUCGUAACACCUCCACGCUGAACCCCACAAUCCAUCCUCAGAACCGUUACAAUCGGCUUCUUUAAUCUUUAUGUUACAAAUGAUUAUUUAUGAAUUAAUCUGAAACUUUUCAUGACACGUUUAUUGUUGGAGACUGUAGACAGUUAUGCAAGUAUAUAUGUUUUUAUGUCAAUUUAUCGUGUUUCCAAUAAAAAUAACACAUUUACUUA